UAUCUACUAGUUAGAGUUACUACUAGUAUCGUUCUAUGCUUCUGAGACGCAUGUGCAAUUCUAUCGUUUUUUCUUAAAGCGUACGCGACGGUAUGUAUAAGUUAAAUUUUUAUUAUAGAUUCUAAAUAUUUUUCAUUUCACACAGUUGUAAAUUUGUAUUGUCCAUACAUUUGGUUUAUUCCGAAAGUGUUAACCAAAACAUUCUUAACGUUACACCAUAAUACACGCCAUAUAAUUACAUACAAACUGAACAAAAAGGUGAUGAGUUGACCAAGUGUAAUACAACUGUGGAAAAUGGAAGUUUCCGGCAUGUCGUUAAGUGACAAAAGUGGAGGUGAUAGGCCAGCGGCUGUUAUGGUGAGGGGUGCAUAUAAAAGAUAUAACCCUUAUAGCGUGGUGCUUAGAGGCCUCAACAUGACUGUCCCCGAGGGUACAAUUUAUGGUCUUUUGGGUCCGAGUGGGUGUGGUAAAACUACCUUGCUUAGUUGUAUGGUUGGAAGAUGCCAACUCGAUGCCGGAGACAUACAAGUCAAAGCCAAAACUAAAUCCAAUAUUGGAUACAUGCCUCAGGAGCUCGCUCUAUAUAAAGAGUUCAGUAUCAGAGAAACAAUGAUUUACUACGGUCGAUUGUUUGGCAUGACCUACAAGCAAAUAGAAACUAGGACGUAUGAACUUUUAAAGUUUCUAGAACUGCCCGGUGAAAACAACAUUGUCAGCAGGCUGAGUGGUGGUCAAGAGAGAAGGGUAUCAUUCGCAGUGGCUUUACUUCAUGACCCUCAACUGUUGAUACUUGACGAGCCAACUGUAGGCGUAGAUCCAGUACUGAGCGCUAGCAUUUGGCAACAUCUUCUUGACCUGACAGCAAACGGAAACAAAACGGUCGUAAUCACAACACAUUACAUUGAAGAAGCAAGACAAGCGCACACGAUCGGACUGAUGAGAGACGGCCUAUUGUUGGCAGAAGAAUCACCAACUCAAUUGCUCAUUAAACAUAAUUGUUCGACCUUGGAACAAGCAUUUUUGGAGCUCAGCAAGCGUCAAACGAGAAGCAGUAUUAUGGACAGAGAAGAUGAAAAUUGUAAUAUUGAGACGUACCCAGUUCCAGACAGGAAACCGUUGCCACCGUUAAAACCAGAUAUCUUGUGCUCAAAAAGUCGAGUAAUUGCUCAAUUGAUGAAAAAUUUUUAUUGGAUGAAGAGAAACAUACCUAUUAUGUGUUUCCUCAUGAUCUUGCCAGUGGUGCAGUGUUACCUAUUUUGUACGUGUAUUGGUCGCGAUCCGCAAGGACUGAAAUUGGCGGUAGUCAACGAAGAGCUCAAGCACGGAAUGGCCAGUUGCAAUAACUAUCCGAUGAGUGGAUGUAAUUUUAGCGUGCCUUUGAGCUGUCGAUACUUACAAAACUUACGGGACAAGAGUUACAAUUUGGUGGAAUACAAUACUUUGGACGAAGCAAAAUUUGCUGUCAAGAAAAACCGAGUCUGGGGAGUGCUAUUUUUCGAAAAAGGUUAUUCGGAAUCGCUGGGAGCUCGUAUUCAAAUGCCGGAAAAUCUGACCGAGAGAACUUUGAACAUAAGUGACGUUAAUAUAUGGCAAGACAUGUCCAAUCAAUACGUUAGCAAUUUGUUGCGAAGGGAUAUGCUUUCGAGGUACGUGCUUUUCCUACAAAGUGUGUUUAGAGACUGUGGAUGGCCUAUUGCGAUGGCAGAUAUUCCAAUUAAGAUGGAAGAUGCCAUUUACGGAAGCAAUAAUCCAAGUUUUGGACAUUUCACAGCUCCGGCCAUAAUAUCCCUCUUCGAAUUUUAUCUUCCUAUGGUGUUUACUGUCGGAGCGAUUCUAAUGGAAAAAAUGGGUGGUUUGCUGGAAAGGAGUCUCGUUGCAGGCGUUACCGUUACCGAAGUAUUGUUGUCACAUAUCGUGGUACAGUACAUCGUGUUGAGUGUACAAACGGCUCUCAUGAUGUUGGUCUUAUUUGUGUUCUUUGACAAUCCUAUGGUGGGUAGUCUAGUGUGGACAUUAUCUUUACUAUUUUUAACGGGAACCAGCGGAAUGUGCUAUGGUUUCAUGGUUUCGGUAUUUUGUAAUACUGAUACUUCAGCUACGUUCAUGGGACUGGGAAGCUUCUUCCCGUUAGCUAUGCUUAGUGGGAUGAUUUGGCCACUGGAAGGCAUGCACUGGAUUCUGAGAUCAAUCGGUUGGAUUUUGCCCAUUACGUUAUCGACAGAAUCGUUCAGAGCCUUGUCGGCAAGAGAUUGGUCUAUAACCCAUCCAACGGUCUACAAGGGAUUCCUGUCCGCAUCCGGAUGGAUAGGAGUAUUCAUGUUCAUCACCAUUCUCGUAGUCAAGAAGAACAAUGGUCUGAGAAAUGUUACCAAAUAAUAAUUGAAUACUCUGAUAUUCUAUGAAUAUACUGAAAAUAAGUCAGUCUCGAUAAGUGGAAAUUCUCGAACACUUUAAAGUCUAAUAAUUAAACAACGUAUUGUAAAUCCAAAUCUUCGCUAGUUUAAACUUCUUUUCGACUCACGAGCUUUGAGUUAUUAAGAUUUCAUUGUAAUUGUGUACAAAUAAAUAUAUAUAUAAUACCUGAUGUAUAUAAGUGGAAUAUAUUGUAUUGUGUAAAUCUAUCGUUUCAAAUAAAUAUUACUUUUAUACAUCGUUAAAAAACAACAAUAAUG